CGCCCGCCGCCAGGCCCGCGCCGCCGCAGCCCCGCGGAGCCGCCGGGGACCGAGCCCAGGGAGAAAGAACAAAAAACACAAGAAGAGGAACGUUUGAUGGAAGAAAAGAAAAAGAAAAAGCAGGAAGAAAAGAAAAAGAAGGAAGGUGCUCAGAAAAAGGCUGCUGAUCAAAAAACCAAAGUGCCAGAACCUACUAAGACCUGUCCAAGCCAGCCCCAACCUGCCGGUACCAGUACCGGUACUUCUACCAGCACUGUCUCCAGCAGCAGCAAUGGCAAACGUGCAUCUGCCAGUGGCCAGCAGCCAGCUGCGUCCCGUUACCUGCCUCGCGAGGUGCCUCCACGCUUCCGCCAGCAAGAACAGAAGCAGCUAUUGAAGAGAGGCCAGCCAUUGCCGACAGGGACUCUGACCAGUGUGAGCCCAGCCCAGGGCGCUGGGCCAGCAGGAGUCAGCCCUCCUCCUCUCUCUGGGGCCGGUGUGCAGCAUCAUCCCAGCAAGCUCCAGCCAGAUCUCAGCCACAGUGGAUUGGCAGAUCAUUAUGAAAGUCCCCACUGGGGACAGCAGCCUACUUACAGAAGCGAAGCCAACUGCAGCUGGGAUAAAGUGAUAGUAGACAGGACUGACAAGGAGGCGGGGCCUUCCAUCACAGGAGCCGAGACGGAGUCUGCCUCAGAAUGUACCACAGACACUGACUCUGCCUCCUACUGUGGCUCGGAGAACAGGAGCAUGGCUACAGGGAGUGCCCAGGGCAACUUCACUGGACAUACAAAGAAGACAAAUGGCAAUAAUGGUACCAGUGGCACACUCGUCCACAGCACUUCGAAUCAGAGUGCCCUUGGAGCAGGUGGAGCCAACGGCAAUGGGAAUUCAGCCCGAGUGUGGGGUGUAGCCACAGGCUCCAGCUCUGUCCUCGCUCACUGCUCCAUUGGUGGUGGGGAUGGAAAAGUGGACAACAUGAUUGGAGAUGGUGGAAGUCAGAACUGCUGGGGUGCUUCCAACUCCAAUGCUGGCAUUAAUCUUAACCUUAAUCCUAAUGCUAACCCAGCUGCCUGGCCUGUACUUGGACAUGAAGGAACUGUGGCAACAGGCAACCCUUCCAGUAUUUGCAGUCCAGUCAGUGCCAUAGGUCAAAACAUGGGCAACCAGAAUGGGAACCCAACAGGCACUUUAGGUGCUUGGGGAAACUUGCUGCCGCAAGAGAGCACAGACCCACAAACGUCCACUUCUCAGAAUGUGUCUUUCAGCGUACAACCUCAGAACCUUAACACUGAUGGACCAAAUAACACUAACCCCAUGAACUCUUCACCAAACCCUAUCAAUGCAAUGCAGACAAACGGACUGCCAAACUGGGGGAUGGCUGUUGGUAUGGGAGCCAUCAUCCCGCCCCACCUGCAAGGCCUUCCUGGUGCUAAUGGAUCAUCAGUUUCUCAAGUCAGUGGGGGCGGUGGUGAAGGAAUAAGCAGUUCUGUGUGGGGACUGUCCCCAGGUAACCCUGCCACAGGAAAUAGCAAUUCUGGGUUCAAUCAGGGGAAUGGAGACACUGUGAACUCAGCAUUAAGUGCUAAACAAAAUGGAUCCAACAGUGCUGUGCAGAAAGAAGGGAAUGGAGGAAAUGCUUGGGAUUCGGGACCACCUGCUGGUCCUGGAAUACUUGCUUGGGGCAGGGGCAGUGGCAACAGUGGUGUUGGUAAUAUCCAUUCGGGAGCUUGGGGCCACCCCAGCCGCAGCAUCUCCAAUGGUGUGAAUGGGGAAUGGGGAAAGCACCCAAACCAGCAUUCCAGUAAUGACAUCAGUGGGAAAGGAUCAACAGGGUGGGACAGUCCUAGUGUUAGCAGCCAGAAUCCUGCCGUGCCACCUGGCAGUGAACAGAUGAACUCUUGGGCCAAAGCUGCAUCUUCUGGAACUGCCACAAGCGAAGGAAGCAAUGACGGUUCUGGCCAUCACAAUGAAGGAAGCACCGGGAAGGAAGGAGCCGGAGAAUGCCGCAGGCGAGAUAAAGGGGUUGUAGACCAAGGGCACAUCCAGUUGCCGAGGAAUGAUCUUGACCCCAGAGUCCUGUCUAACACUGGUUGGGGACAGACUCCUGUAAAGCAGAACACUGCCUGGGAAUUUGAAGAAUCCCCGAGGUCUGAGAGGAAAACUGACAACGGGACAGAGGCCUGGGGUUGUGCAGCUACUCAGCCUUCAGACUCAGGGGGCAAGAACGAUGGGUCCAUCACGAACAGUACAAAUACCUCUUCAGUAUCUGGGUGGGUCAGCUCACCCCCUGCUGCUGUGCCAGCAAACACAGGUUGGGGAGACAGCAACAACAAAGCGCCAAACGGCCCAGGGGUGUGGGGGGACUCAAUAAGCUCUACUGCUGUUAAUAAUGCUGCUGCCGCCAAGAGUGGCCAUGCUUGGAGUGGGACCGUCAGUCAGGAGGACAAGUCACCUACAUGGGGUGAGCCUCAGAAACCCAAAUCUCAAAACUGGGGAGAUGGACAGAAAUCCGGUCCUGCCUGGAGCGCAGGAGGGAGCGACUGGGGAGACUCAUCGUCUGUCCUUGGUCACCUGGGGGAUGGGAAGAAAAAUGGAUCUGGCUGGGAUGCUGACAACAGUAGAUCAGGGCCGGGUUGGAACGAUGCUGCGAGGGCUGGGACCAGCGGAUGGGGCAAUGGCACAAAUGCAAAGGUCAAUCCAGGUACAAACUGGGGGGAGUCUUUAAAGCCUGGCCCCCAACAGAACUGGGCUAACAAACCCCAAGACAUCAAUGUGAGUAACUGGGGAGGAGCUGCUUCUGUUAAACAGACAGGAACAGGGUGGAUCGGAGGGCCAGUACCAGUCAAGCAGAAGGACAGCAGUGAGGCCACUGGCUGGGAAGAACCUUCUCCACCCUCCAUUCGACGCAAAAUGGAAAUUGAUGAUGGUACCUCGGCUUGGGGUGACCCAAGCAACUACAACAAUAAAACUGUAAACAUGUGGGAUAGAAACAACCCAGUUAUCCAGAGCAGUACCACAACCAACACCACCACCACCACCACCACCAACACAAACAUGGUGGAGACACCACCGUCACACCAGGCCAACACUCAGCUCAACCGAUCACCACUGCUUGGUUCAGUUUCAUCAGGCUGGGGAGAAAUGCCUAAUGUUCAUUCAAAGGCUGAAAAUUCUUGGGGAGAGCCGCCCUCCCCUUCUACCCUGGUGGACAACGGCACGGCAGCAUGGGGGAAGCCCCCCAGCAGUGGCAGCGGAUGGGGUGACCACCCCACUGAGCCAGCAGUGACCUAUGGGAGAGCUGGUGCCCCUGCCGCUGCCCCAGCCCUGUGCAAACCAGCUUCAAAAUCUAUGCAAGAAGGCUGGGGCAGCGGUGGGGACGAGAUGAACCUCAGCGCCAGUCAGUGGGAAGAUGAAGAAGGAGACAUGUGGGGUAACGCUGCUUCCCAAGACAGCACCUCCUCCUGCAGCUCCUGGGGCAAUGCCCCCAAAAAAGGACUUCAAAAGGGCAUGAAGACAUCCGGCAAGCAGGAUGAGGCCUGGAUCCUGACGCGGCUCGUCAAACAACUCACCGACAUGGGCUUCCCGAGAGAACCAGCUGAAGAGGCCUUGAAGAGCAACAGUAUGAAUCUCGAUCAGGCCAUGAGCGCUCUGCUGGAAAAGAAGGUGGACGUGGACAAGCGUGGACUGGGAGUGACUGACUAUAAUGGAAUGGUCACCAAGCCCCUCGGCUGCCGCCCACCAAUCUCCAAAGAGUCUUCCGUGGACCGCCCCACCUUUCUUGACAAGGACGGCGGCCUCGUGGAAGAGACCACUCCUUCACCAUUUUUGCCUUCACCAAGCCUGAAGCUCCCCCUUUCAAACAGCGCACUCCCUGGUCAGACCCUGGGUGGGAUUGCCUCAGGGCUGGGCGUGCAAAACUUGAAUUCUUCUCGACAGAUACCGAGUGGCAAUCUGGGUAUGUUUGGCAAUAGCGGAGCAGCACAAGCCAGGACCAUGCAACAGCCGCAGCAACCGCCAGCUCAGCCUCUCAGCUCCUCCCAGCCCAGUCUCCGUGCUCAAGUGCCUCAGUUUCUAUCCCCUCAGGUUCAAGCACAGCUUUUGCAGUUUGCAGCAAAAAACAUUGGUCUCAACCCUGCACUAUUGACCUCGCCAAUUAACCCUCAGCAUAUGACGAUGUUGAACCAGCUCUAUCAGCUGCAGCUGGCAUACCAACGUUUACAGAUCCAGCAGCAGAUGUUACAGGCCCAGCGUAAUGUUUCCGGACCCAUGAGACAGCAGGAGCAGCAAGUUGCGCGCACAAUCACUAACCUGCAGCAGCAGAUCCAGCAGCACCAGCGCCAGCUGGCCCAGGCCCUGCUUGUGAAGCAGCCACCACCCCCGCCGCACCUGUCCCUGCACCCCUCUGCAGGCAAAUCGGCCAUGGACAGCUUCCCCCCCCAUCCCCAGGCGCCCGGCCUCCCCGACCUGCAGACCAAAGAACAGCCGUCUUCACCCAGCACCUUCGCUCCUUACCCUCUCGCCGGACUGAACCCAAACAUGAAUGUCAACAGCAUGGAUGUCACGGGUGGCCUGUCGGUGAAGGACCCAUCGCAGUCGCAGUCACGCCUGCCUCAGUGGACUCACCCCAAUGCCGUGGAUAACCUACCCAGUGCCGCUUCUCCUCUGGAUCAGAACCCUAGCAAGCAUGGUGCUAUCCCUGGAGCUCUGAGCAUCGGGCCUCCAGCCAAAUCCUCCAUUGACGACUCCUACAGCCGGUACGAUUUAAUCCAGAACAGUGAGUCACCAGCCAGUCCUCCUGUAGCUGUUACCCACAGCUGGUCACGUGCCAAAUCUGACAGUGAUAAAAUCUCAAACGGCUCCAGCAUCAGCUGGCCCCCAGAAUUCCAUCCUGGAGUACCGUGGAAAGGACUACAGAACAUCGAUCCCGAAAACGACCCUGAUGUCACUCCCGGCAGUGUCCCCACGGGGCCUACAAUUAACACCACCAUCCAGGACGUUAACCGCUACCUCCUCAAAAGUGGAGGGUCCUCCCCACCGUCAUCUCAGAAUGCCACGCUGCCUUCCUCCAGUGCCUGGCCGCUCAGUGCCUCCGGCUACAGUAGCUCUUUGAGCAGCAUUGCAUCCGCACCUAGCAUUGCAGGUAAGCUGUCAGACAUUAAGUCCACGUGGUCCUCUGGCCCAGCCUCCCACACCCAAGCCUCCCUGUCUCAUGAACUGUGGAAGGUGCCCAGAAACACUACUGCGCCCACACGGCCGCCUCCAGGCUUAGCCAAUCCCAAGCCUUCCUCCACCUGGGGAGCCAGCCCCCUCGGCUGGACCAGCUCCUACUCCUCAGCUCUCUCCUGGGCUUGCUGCACAGGUUCUGCUUGGAGUACUGACACCUCAGGAAGGACCAGCAGCUGGCUCGUUCUUCGAAACCUCACACCCCAGAUCGACGGCUCCACGCUGCGGACGCUGUGCCUGCAGCACGGUCCUCUUGUCACAUUCCACCUGAACCUGACGCAGGGGAACGCCGUGGUCCGCUACAGCUCCAAGGAGGAAGCUGCCAAGGCCCAGAAGUCCCUGCACAUGUGCGUGCUGGGGAACACCACCAUCCUGGCCGAGUUCGCUGGCGAGGAAGAGGUGAACCGCUUCUUAGCGCAGGGCCAAGCACUGCCCCCCACCUCCAGCUGGCAGUCCAGCUCGGGGACCAGCCAGACGAGGCUGGGUGCCUCAGGCAGUGCUCACGGCCUGGUGCGCAGCGACACUGGCCACUGGAGCGCCCCGUGCCUGGGCAGCAAAGGGAGCAGCGACCUGCUGUGGGGUGGGGUGCCCCAGUACUCAAGCAGCCUGUGGGGCCCUCCAAGCGCUGACGAUGGCAGGGUGAUCGGCAGCCCCACCCCGCUCAACACCCUGCUUCCUGGAGACCUCCUCAGCGGGGAGUCCAUGUAAGCGGCCCACCAGCCAGAGCCACAAUCAUCAGCGCUCGGAAGAGGACACACGGCCCUUUCCAGUCCCAGCGUCGCCAAGGACCCGCAUGACCCAAGCCGCCCGGAAGCCCUUCGAGUACCUCCACUCAGUCCCCAAGCCAGACCCUUGCUGCAGCCCCUGCGAACUGUUUCUGAGACAGUGCCGGCUGCGUUGGUCAGUGUCACAUGCUAAUGACAGGAUUCUUUUCAUAGCUUUUUGUGUUGUCCUUUGUUGUUUGUAUGGUGUGUUGUUUUGAUUUUGUAAGUAUAAAGCUGCUUAGGAUAGUUGUAUCAUGAAGGGCACUUUUCAGAUUGUGGGCUGGAAAGGGUUAUUUUAUCAAGUGGGGGGAGACGGGAAAGCCUAUUUAAAAUGAGCCUGUGAUGAUUAUGCACAUUACCAGAGGCGGUCCAGUAAUCAGGGGUGGAAUCGGUGUUGAUCACUGGUACGGACGGACGGCAGGCGGCCGCAGCCCGGCCACAGUGGACCGACGGACAGACGGACGGACGGACAGAUAGAUGGACGGGAGGAGCGGUCUGCGAUCUGUUCUCUAUCCCCAUGGAUCCGCCUAUGCACAUUACCCUUGUUUCAUUACUUUUUCAUGUCAUUUUUUUAAUCCCAAAAAAAUAUUUUUUAAAAUUAAAAAAAAAAAAAAAAAAAAGAGACAUAUCAAACAUGCAAAUACUUGAAUCCAGCAGGCCAAUACGGAAAUGUGAACACUUUCUAAGUCUAAUUCCACACUUCCAGGUCGACAUCAGUACACAGAAACAGGCUCUAGGAAACAUUUCUGAGUUCAUAGCCUACAUGCGUGUGUGCGUGUUUGCGUGUGUGUGUGUUUGAAAGUGCGUGAGGGAUUAACUGUGGGUUUUCCCUGUAUUCAGUAUAUGCUUUUUUUUUUUUUUUUUUU